CGCAUAAAUUCACAAACCCUAUUUAAAAUUACGGAAUCCGUGGUCUUCACGAUUCGAUCCCCGACUUUGUCUUCUCCUUCUCCUCCUCCGCUUCUUCGUCUUCUCUAUCCGCGGAAUUGGGGAGGAAAACUCCCACCUUCGCCGGAAGUUUCUCUGAAUUUUACUUCCCUUCUAGUAAAUGAAUCUUUCUGCUUCUUUAGUUCCUGGUGAUUUUGGUUGACUUAAUGAACCCGGUAUUCUGUCAAUCGCCGGGGAGGUUUUAGGAUUUUAAAACGCUUCUAAUCGGUUUUUUCUUCUGUCGCUGGAAACCAACGCUUUCUCGUCGCCGGUGUUUUUUUGUUUUUUUGUUUUUUCUUUAUGAUCAUGUUGAUGGCGGAUGAAGCUUCUAAUUUUCCCCUCCAGUUUGCUGAUGAUGAUUUUGAUGAAGACAUGUCCAUGGAGUAUGAAAAGUUUUUACAUCUACUGAGCGAGGAUCUAGAUCCUUUGCAGAAUAAUCCAGAGGACUUGUCACCAAAUAAUGCAUCGACUGGCCAACCAGCUUUUGAUUCUUCCAACCAAGAAAAUUUCCAACUGCAGAACGAUACAUCUCAUGGUUUCAUGGAUGUAACAUUGAAAAAUCAUGAUAGUUUGGAUGGAAAGGGCACAGAAACCUUGAGAUCCUCAGAAAAUAAUUCAUGUGCGUCAGUGGAGUUGCCUUCCUUUGAUGCAGAGCAUUCUUCAAAAGAAGUGUUUCCUACUGAGUCCACAGUAAACCGAAGUUUUGAUUUUGUGACUGAUGUUACUGACUCUUAUUCAACUAUGCCAUACUGGAUGAGUACUGUGGAGCAACCUUUUUUAGUUUCUUCUCAGUACCUUUUCCCAGAAGAUUAUGAUUCUCCACUUGCUUCUGGAAAUGGGGACAUGACAAUCAACAUGAUGCAUGGAGGAGAGUUUCCAUCCAAUAGCCUGUGCUCAAGUACUACGAUGAAUUUGUAUGCACAGGGGGCUACUGAUCACAAAUCAGUAUCGAGAGAGUCAGUCUCAAAGGAUGUAAUUCUUGAUGGGUAUUCAAAUGUAAAGGGAUGGAAUCAGAAUUGUGAAAAUGGAAACUUUAUUUCAUCAUUUGAUGGGAACUAUCCAUUUCAUGCCGAUGAACUUCAUAUUGGUCAGGCAUCCAUGGGGCUUCCAAUGUCUACCGAGCUGAAUUUAUCUUGCAAGGAGCUUGUUAGUCAAGUGAAGAAUGAAACGAUAGAUUCGCUGGUUGAAUCUUGUAGUGGCCCAUGGCAAUCUAUGAUGGAGGAAAACAUGUUUUUUCCAUCCCAAAAAGUUUUUCAUUCUGAAGAUAUGGUUUGUGGAACAUCCAGCAGACCCUCUAAUGAUGGCAGGUACCAGAAUUUAUAUAUAUCUGACCAAUACUCUCCUAAUGGCCAUUCCUCUAAUUUAAGCAAUCAGCCUUUGGUUUUCAUCAAGGACGAUAGAGAUCAUAAAUUGACUCUGUGCAAGAGUGAUAUAAAUCAUCCACAAGUCAGCCCUGAAUCAACUCACAGUAAUUUGUCAGACAAGGCCCAUGUGGAGGAUGAUCCAGAUAUCUGUAUAAUUGAAGAUAUGAGUCAUCCCGCACCGUCAAACCGAUCUUUUGUGGUUGGAAAAUCUGUUGCUUCUCAAAGUUGUUCUAUAGUCAGUGGAUCUUCCACUUAUAUGGGAUUAGGAAGCAUGAGACACAAGGCAAAAGACAUAGACAUUUUAAAAGUUGCGUUACAGGAUCUUUCUCAGCCAAAGUCAGAAACUACUCCGCCUGAUGGUGCUUUAGAUGUUCCUCUUUUAAGGCAUCAGAGAAUUGCUUUGUCAUGGAUGGUUCAAAAGGAGACAUCUAGUGUACCUUGCGCAGGGGGGAUUCUUGCGGAUGAUCAGGGAUUGGGGAAAACAAUAUCAACAAUUGCUCUAAUACUAAAGGAAAGGGCUCCUAUUAGAGCUUGUCCUAAUGUUAGACAUGAUGAGUUGGAGACUUUAAAUUUGGAUGAAGAUGAUGAUAUACUUCCUGAGCAUGAUGGACCCAAACAAGAAUCCUCUCAUCAAGUUUCACCAAGCGAAAAUUUAACUACAAGCAAGAACACUUCAGUACAAGCUAAAGGCAGGCCAGCAGCUGGAACUCUUGUUGUUUGCCCAACAAGUGUAUUGAGGCAAUGGGCUGAUGAAUUACAUAAUAAGGUUUCUAGUAAAGCUAAUUUGUCAGUGCUUGUAUACCAUGGAAGUAGUCGAACUAAGGACCCUUGCGAGCUGGCCAAAUAUGAUGUUGUUUUAACAACGUACUCAAUUGUGAGCAUGGAGGUACCAAAGCAGUCUGCUGUUGAUGAAGAAGAUGAUGAGAAACUCAAUACAGAGGAACAAGCUAUUCUACAUUUGCAUUUUUCUUCAGGCAAGAAAAGAAAAAACCUCUCUGGUUCUGAUAAGAAACAUUCAAAGAACAAGAAGGGAGUGGACAAUGAAGUUUUUGAACCAGUUGCCCGCCCUCUUGCUAAAGUGAGGUGGUUCCGGGUUGUAUUGGAUGAGGCCCAGAGUAUCAAGAAUCACAAGACACAGGUAGCUAGGGCCUGUUGGGGUCUGCGGGCAAAACGUAGAUGGUGCUUGUCAGGAACUCCUAUUCAAAAUGCCAUUGAUGAUCUUUAUAGCUAUUUUAGGUUUCUCAAAUAUGAUCCCUAUGCUGCAUAUAAGUCGUUCUGUUCGGCAAUUAAGUUUCCAAUCAACAAGAAUCCAACCAAAGGAUACAAAAAACUUCAAGCCAUUUUAAGGACAAUAAUGUUACGUCGCACAAAAGCCACACUUCUUGACGGGCAACCCAUUGUUACAUUGCCACCUAAACAUGUGGAACUGAAAAAGGUGGAUUUUACUGAUGAAGAGCGUGAUUUCUACUCGAAAUUGGAGGCUGAUUCAAGGGCUCAGUACGAAGAAUAUGCAGCAGCUGGAACUGUUAAACAAAAUUAUGUGAACAUCUUACUGAUGCUUUUGCGCCUUCGACAAGCUUGUGAUCACCCUCUUCUUGUUAAGCCUUAUGACUCUAAAUCUUUAUGGAGAUCUUCGGUUGAUGUGGUCAAGAAGCUUCCUCGGGAUAAACAGAUUUUCUUAUUAAAUUGUUUGGAAGCAUCAUUGGCUAUCUGUGGCAUCUGUAAUGAUCCACCUGAAGAUGGGGUUGUCUCAGAAUGUGGUCAUGUUUUCUGCAAGCAAUGCAUUUUGGAACACCUCUCUAGUGAUGACAGCCAGUGCCCUACAGCAGGAUGCAAAGUUCGUCUUAAUGCAUCUUUAUUGUUUUCCAAGUCCUCAUUAUGCAGUUCUCAGUCUGACGAGCCCGGUGAAGAUAAUUCUGUGGUUAGCUCUUGUUCCACCGUUGGUGACUCAGUGGAACCCUCUUCAUCAGUUAUGUAUGAGUCUUCUAAAAUUAAAGCUGCUCUUGAGGUUCUGAUGUCAUUGGCUAAACCAAAGGAAUACUCUUCAAGAAACAGCCCUCCCCAACUUGCUGUUGUAGGAGCCAGCGAUAAAUCAAUCGAUGCUUCAUCCACAGAACUGCGUCUGGAAAGUCCCGAGUGUCAAGAUUCUGGAAACAAAAGCUCUAGCGAAUUAGUUAAAACAGGUGGAGAAAAAGCUAUAGUCUUUUCUCAAUGGACGGGAAUGUUAGAUUUGCUUGAAGCAUGCCUAAAAAACUCCUCCAUUCAGUACAGGAGACUUGAUGGCACCAUGUCAGUACUUGCCAGAGAUAAAGCAGUAAAGGAUUUUAACAAUCUUCCGGAGGUGUCAGUUAUGAUCAUGUCUUUGAAAGCUGCUAGCCUUGGCCUAAACAUGAUUGUUGCCUGCCACGUUCUUCUGUUGGACCUCUGGUGGAAUCCUACAACUGAAGAUCAAGCAAUUGAUAGAGCACAUCGAAUCGGGCAAACCCGUCCUGUGACGGUGUUGAGAUUAACUGUAAAAGACACAGUUGAGGAUCGUAUUUUAGCCCUUCAGCAAAAGAAAAGAGAGAUGGUUUCAUCUGCAUUUGGAGAAGAUGAAACAGGCGGUCGACAAACUCGUCUCACAGUUGAAGACCUGAACUACCUUUUUAUGAUGUGAUGAUAGAUAUGACCACAAUUAUUCUUUUGAAUUGGCUGAUUUAGGUUAACAUCAUAUGCACAUAUCAUAUCAAAGAUUUAGGUGGUGAAGGCUGGCUGCAUUGGCUCUAAUUUUAGAAAGCAAGUUGUCCUGACCAUAUUUAGGUUAGAUGGCCAACUUUUGAUGUUACUUUGACCAGAAGAUUCGACGAUCCAGCUCCUUUUACCAGAAGAAGAUUUGUGAAUAGGAAUUAUAGAAAUCUUUGAAUCCAUUUUUGCCCACCCAUUCUUUCCUCACUCACAAUUUGUUCCCAUUGUGACCUUCUCUUUACAUCCCAUUCCCUUAGUAUAUCCCACAGGUUGUAAAGAUUAGAAAUUUUUAUAGAAAGGACAGAAAGUUAAAUCUGUUGAAGACUCUUUUCUUUUCCAAAUGUAAAGAUAUAGAUAGUGUUAUUUGCUAUUGCUUGUC